AUGCCAAAAUUACGGUACUCUAACAAAGGAUUAUUGUCGACUUUUUCGCCUUCAACGGGAAAAAGAUUAUUAUACCGAUUUAAAUCGGUUGAUCAACAGGCCAACUUUCAUGCUUACACUACAUUUUCAUCAAAAGCAAAGUCACCCACCUUAUCAUCACCUUUCCAGGUAGUCUCACCUCCAGAUCAAAGAAUUGGACGAGGUCUCAAAUCUAUAAAAAUCAGCGAAGUGAAAUUAUUUGCUAAAGAGCAUCAAUUAAUAGUUCAUGAUGCACCGAUGAAAACGCUUCAAGGUUGGGGGAUACCAAAACCUAAAGAUGAUGAAAACAAUGACGUUUCGUCUGGAUCAUUCGAUAUUGGGAUCGUAGUCUCUUUUGGAUAUUUUCUUACUCGAGAGAUUCUUGAUGCUCUCCCUGAUGCCAUUAAUAUCCAUCCGUCCUUAUUACCAAAAUAUCGCGGUGCUUCUCCAAUUCAAUACUCAAUUAUGAAUGGAGAUAAAGAGACGGGAAUUACGAUACAAGAGUUACACCCAAAGAUCUUUGAUGCCGGAAGAAUAUUGAGGCAGAUUACAUUGCCAAUUCCACCGGAUUCCACAUACAAAAGGCUAGAAACAUAUCUAGCCGAAAAAGGGGCAGAAUUGUUGAUUGAUACAUUACGAAAUUUUUAUGAUUAUAAAGUGAAUGCUCAACCACAAGAUUUGACUCAAGUAACUAAAGCACCGAAAAUCGCCAAAGAAAUGUCUAUUGUCAGCUGGGAUAAGUUGACAGCAGAGCAAGUCGUACGUUUAGAUCGCGCCAUUUCUCACCAGCCUUUAACCAGUACCGGGAAAGAAGAGAUUUCAUCACUUCCAGGCACAAUUUUUUAUCAGCACUCCCAAGAAUCAAUCCAAAUCGUUUGUGCAAAUGGCACUAGCAUGAUUGGUUGCACGUCCGUAAAAAUGUCCGAGAAGAAAGAAAUCCAGGUGAAGGAUUGGAUUAACGGGUAUCCAAUUAUUAGUGGUGUUACAAGAUUUGGUGACGAUUCAAAAAAGGAAGAACCAUAG